AUGCCUAAUAUUGGGGGUAACUUAUAUAGAGGUAGUCUAAUUUUUCAGAUUUCAUACAAUUACAACUAUGGCCAAUUUGGAGAAUGGCUAAAAACACAAAACAUUAGCGUCGACUUGAUAACCCACCCAAAUCUUGUGCUCACAAAGAGAGACCCACCACUCGCCUUACUCGCCUCUUUGUGGUUCUACAUGUCUCCACAACCCCCAAAACCGGCUAUGCAUGAUAUAAUUCUUGGUCAGUGA